AUGACCUCCACACUUUUACAUCAUUACAGGGAACACCCUCCCGAUAUCCAAAACUUCAGGAAGGAAAGAGAAGAAACAGCUAAUCAGGUUACAGAAAACGUUUCCAAACAGCUCAUGGUCCCCCCGCCGCUGUCGUCGAACAUCUUGAAAGAUGCGAAUGAUUUCAAGGCCAUCCGAAGAAAGGUGUCGUUUGUCGAAGAUGAAAUCGAAGUUCCAAGAAAAGGAACGCGUUCUCUCGUUUCCCCGCUGCUGUGGGUUCCAGGAGUUCUGAGAUCCAAAGGGCCGUGGGCAACUGUGAUGAAAGAGACCGAGGAAGGAGAAUCUUACAUCUUGGACUCCGGUUUAGAGUGGGAUCAUACCAAUGUGUUUAGCAAAGACGAAGAAGUCACAAAGAAAAAGCUGCUUCAAGAGAUCAGGGCUAAAGAUAGAAUCAUCGCAGAGCUCGACGAGACUCUCAAGGCUUCACAACGGUCUCUCGACGCCAUCGAGAUGAGAACUCGGAACCGGCAGCACAAGUUGCAGCGAGAGAUCAACCGCGCGAGAGAGAGAGAUAGGGAGCAACAGUUGAAAGAGACCCAACGCAUCAUAGCUCCUCUAAAGCAGCAGAACGAGCUCUUGAAAGAACGAUAUUCCACUCUGAAGCAGGCUCAUCAGGCAAGGAUCAAGAACGGGUUUGCUCAAGAUACUUUUUCCAGUAAAUACAACUCAGCUAUGAUGAAAGUCAAGGAAAUCGCUCGUGAUUUAUCCAAGCAGGAAGUUCAAUCUCUUCGGAACAGGAUUUCUUCAUUGGAGCGCAAAGCAAAAUCUGAUGCAGAGUACAUCCUAGAUCUUAAACAGAGAUUGAUCGCUGCUGCCAAGGCUGCUGAGUUCAGAUACGGCGAGGCAGAAAGCAAAAGAUGUCCAGGAUGGUGA